AUGGACCUACUAAAUCUUGCUACGGAAAGCUUUCAGUCAAUGGCCGUUUCCUCUGCACUUUUCUUAUUCACAGGAUACUUGGUCUAUGUUCGCUACCGUCGUUACGAAUACCUUAACAGCAUGAUCAAAAAAUACCCAGACCCUAAAGUUGUGUUGGAAAACCAUGACAUUGCUAUGGAGAUUUACAGUCAUAUAUUCAGAAAAGAGUUUCCACUUUUUGCAAGAUCUUCUUUAGAAUUUGCAUUAUUUAAGCCAUUUGCUACGCCUUCUGUAAGCAAGUUGCUGGUUUCAACAAGGGAAUUCUUGGACAGAUGUCCUCGUCGAGCUGAAGAUACAGAACUCAUUUUGUCUGAAAUUAUUGAUCCUUAUCCUCGUAUUGAAAAUCAACGUCUAGUUACUCCACAUAUAAGUGAAAAGGAAAUUAUGAAGCAGUACGAGCGCCGUGAAGCAUCCAUCAGAAGAUUAAAUGAACUGCAUGGAAAAUAUCCUAUUUCAAACGAAGAUUAUUUGUAUACACUUGUCUUAUUUGUUGCUGAACCUCUUCGAUGGAUUAAUAAAUGGGAAUGGAGAAAGCUUGAUAUCCGUGAAGUUAAUGCUAUAUUCAAAGUAUGGCAUGAGAUUGGGACUAAAAUGAACAUCAAGGAUAUCCCAGACACUCUGGAGGAGUGGUAUGUUAUACAAAAAGAAUAUGUUGAAUCUUCGGUUAAAUAUCAUCCUGCCAAUUGGAUCUGCGCUGAUCCAACUAUUAAGCAUCUCGGAAAGAAGUUGCCUGGUUUCAUGCUGCCUGUUGUUUACAAAAUGUUGCCUUGUUUGCUUGAAAAGUCAGAAUGUGAUGCAUUUGGUAUCAGUACUGCUUCUCUACCCAUGCGUAUCAUAUUCAAUACUCUUAUCUGUCUUCGUGCUUGGUUUGUUCGAUAUCUAUGUCUUCCAAGAAAGGUAUUUGACUUAAGGACACCCUUCUAUGCAAAUGAGCAAGGAAAGUAUGUUCCACAUUAUUUUGUAUACGACCCUCCAAUUUACAAAGAUGGAUACCGAAUCGAAGAGCUGGGACCUGAAAAGUUUAUGCCUAAAUGCCCUGUAUUCCAUGGUUAA